ACCGAAUCUGACAUCACCACUUAGCAGUUCAUGCAGCUAACAAGUGGUUUUGUUCUUAGGGUAACAGAGGAGGAAAUUGCUCCUCGUCUGAUAAGACAACAGCGAAGAGUAUGCAUUUAUUUUUUUAUUUUUGAUUCUCUUUUACAGACAAAAACUUUUGUAGAGAUAACCAUUUUGCCUUUCAGAAGGACGUAUGCUGUUUCUUAAGGAUACGGCUCAUUUCCAGAUAUGACCAUGCAUUUGUGGCUCAAGCUUCUGGCAUUUGGCUUUGCCCUUCUGGACACAGAAAUGUUUGUUACAGGGCAAACCUCACCUGAUCCAACUAUUGGACUGAACACAACUAAGAAGCCCAGUGCCCUGUCUCCAAGUGACCCCUUACCUGCUCGCACCACUGCAUUCUUACCUGCAAGCAUCUCUGAACGAGAACAUGACUCCUCAGAGCCCACACCUCCUCUUAGUCCAGGCAAUACUUCAACCCGAGUAUCCCCGGACCCCCUGGAUGAUGCUAGUUCUCUUAAUAUGACAGGAGUCGCAGGCGAGAGGAGCACAGCCAGCACCUUUCUCGAAGACACAACUUUCACAUCCGUAGCCACCCCCAGCCCUGCACACGACAGCUCUGCUGCCUCACCUGCACGCACCUCGGACGCCACCACAGCCGAGGCCUCAGAUCCUCACCUCCUCUCCACCGCACCAUCCACUCUGAGCACUGCAGCAAGCACUGUCCUUGCAACCACCACAAUAGCUACUACUACACCUAAGCCACCCUGUGAUGAAAAGUAUGCUGACAUCUCAGUGCAGUACUCAUACAACAACAAAACUAAACUUUUUAGUGCAAAUCUGAAUGUUCCUGAUGAUGUGACAUGUGUACCUGAGUGUAAAAACAAGAGGCUGCCUGACCUAAGAGAAUGUAAUACGACCAGUGUUAAUAUAACUCAUGAUUCAUGUGCUUCAUCUAAAGUGUUGAGAUUAGAUGUACCACCAGCGCCUGAAAACUUUCAAUUAGUUGAUUGUACACAGAAAGAAAAAGCAAAUACUACUAUUUGUUUAAAAUGGAAAAUAAUGGGAAGCUUUGGUUGUAAUGAAGAUGAAAUUAAAUUCAAAUUUAAAUGUGGCAAUGAGACAUUUGAUAAUCAAGUGAGUUUAACAGACCUUCAACCCAGACAUGCUUAUAGUUGUGAUGCAAAAAUACUUUACGGUGGCUAUGAGUAUACUGAAACAAGAACUGUUGAAACAGAUCUUGGGACUCCAAACGAGCCUCGGGAUCUUGCUUGUGAGGUUGUAAGUGGUUUUCAAAGCAGAAUCACCUGGAAUCCCCCUGAGGAUGAAUUUCAUAAUUUUACUCUUUGUUACCAGAACAAGACAGAAGAAAUCUGCUUCAAUCUGGAUAAUACCACGAACAAUUAUGAUUUGACAGAUUUGAAACCUUUCACAAACUAUCUUGUAUCAUUAAAUGCCUACAACAAUGCAAAAGUGCAACGCAAUGGGACGGCUAUCACAUGUGACUUUCGAACAAAAACAUCACAUCCCGGCAAAGUCCAGAACAUGAGUGUCAGCCAGACUUCGGAUAACAGCAUGCUCGUCACGUGCAAGGCUCCCAGCGACCUGAACGGUCCCAGGGCACGGUAUCAUUUGGAAGUCAAAGCUGGAGAUGCUGUCCCUGAUAAUUAUGAAAACAAGACCUGCUUCUUCAAUGUACAAAAUCUUCACUAUUCAACAGACUAUAAGUUUAGGAUCCGUUGUAACAAUGGGGACUUUUUUGGAGAUCCAGUUACUAUGCAUCGGUCAACAUCUUAUAAUUCUAAAGCACUGAUAGCAUUUCUGGCAUUUCUGAUCAUUGUGACAUCAAUAGCCCUGAUUGUUGUUCUCUAUAAAAUCUAUGAUCUGCAUAGGAGAAGAUCCUGCUUGGAUGAUCGCUAUGAGCUUGUUGAAAGGGAGGAUGAAAAACAACUGAUGAAUGUAGAGCCCAUCCAUGCAGAUGUUUUGUUGGAAACUUAUAAAAGAAAGAUUGCUGAUGAAGGAAGACUUUUUCUGGCUGAAUUUCAGAGCAUUCCACGGGUGUUCAGCAAGUACCCCAUCAAGGAUGCGCGAAAGCCCUCUAAUCAGAAUAAAAACCGUUACGUCGACAUCCUUCCUUAUGAUUAUAACCGUGUUGAGCUCUCUGAGAUAAAUGGAGACGCAGGAUCCAACUACAUAAAUGCCAGCUAUAUUGAUGGUUUCAAAGAACCCAGAAAAUACAUUGCUGCACAAGGUCCCAGGGAUGAAACUGUCGAUGAUUUCUGGAGGAUGAUCUGGGAACAGAAAGCCACGGUCAUUGUCAUGGUUACUCGAUGUGAAGAAGGAAACAGGAACAAGUGUGCAGAAUACUGGCCAUCCAUGGAGGAGGGCACUCGGGCUUUCGGAGACAUUGUUGUGAAGACCAACGAGCACAAAAGAUGUCCCGAUUACAUCAUCCAAAAACUGAACAUUACAAAUAAAAAAGAAAAAGCAAGUGGACGAGAGGUGACUCACAUUCAGUUCACCAGCUGGCCAGACCAUGGCGUCCCCGAGGACCCUCACCUGCUGCUGAAGCUGAGGAGGAGGGUGAACGCCUUCAGCAACUUCUUCAGCGGCCCCGUGGUCGUGCACUGCAGCGCUGGUGUCGGGCGCACGGGCACCUACAUUGGCAUCGACGCCAUGCUGGAGGGCCUGGAGGCCGAGAACAAAGUGGACGUCUAUGGCUACGUGGUCAAGCUGAGGCAGCAGAGGUGCCUGAUGGUUCAAGUGGAGGCACAGUACAUCUUGAUCCAUCAAGCCUUAGUAGAAUACAAUCAGUUUGGAGAAACAGAAGUGAGCUUGUCUGAAUUACAUCCAUAUCUACAAAAUAUGAAGAAAAGAGAUCCACCCAGUGAACCGUCGCCAGUAGAGGCUGAAUUCCAGAGACUUCCUUCAUAUAGGAGCUGGAGGACGCAGCACAUUGGAAAUCAAGAAGAAAAUAAAAACAAAAACAGGAAUUCUAAUGUCAUUCCAUAUGACUUUAACAGAGUGCCGCUUAAGCACGAACUGGAAAUGAGCAAGGAGAGCGAGCACGAUUCCGAUGAAUCCUCGGACGAUGACAGUGAUGCCGAGGAAACCAGCAAGUACAUCAAUGCUUCCUUUAUCAUGAGUUACUGGAAGCCUGAGGUGAUGAUUGCUGCUCAGGGACCCCUGAAGGAAACCGUCGGGGAUUUUUGGCAGAUGAUCUUCCAGAGAAAAGUCAAAGUGGUUGUUAUGCUGACAGAGCUGAUGCAGGGAGACCAGGAGAUCUGUGCUCAGUACUGGGGAGAAGAAAAGCAGACGUAUGGAGAUAUAGAAGUUGACCUUAAAGACACAAACAGAUCUUCCGCGUAUACCCUCCGUGUCUUUGAACUGAGACAUUCCAAGAGAAAAGACUCUCGCACUGUGCACCAGUACCAGUAUACCAACUGGAACGUGGAACAGCUUCCUGCGGAACCCAAAGAAUUAAUCUCUAUGAUCCAGACCCUCAAACAAAAACUUCCCAAGAAGAAUUCCCCUGAAGGGCAUAAGUAUCACAAGAGCGCGCCUCUCCUUGUUCACUGCAGAGAUGGAUCCCAGCAAACAGGAAUAGUCUGUGCUUUGCUGAAUCUCCUGGAAAGCGCAGAGACAGAGGAGGUGGUGGAUGUUUUCCAAGUGGUGAAAUCUCUACGCAAAGCCCGGCCGGGGAUGGUCUCCACCUUUGAGCAGUACCAGUUCCUAUACGAUGUCAUCGCCAGCACCUACCCUGCCCAGAAUGGACAAGUAAAGAAAAACAACAGCCAAGAAGAUAAAAUUGAAUUUGAUAAUGAGGUGGACAAAGUAAAGCAGGAUGCCAAUUGUGUGAGUCCACUCGGUGCCCCGGAGAAGGUCCACGAAGGACACAAGGAGGCUGAAGGCUCUGAACCCACCAGCGGCACUGAGGGGCCGGAACAUUCCGCCAAUGGUCCUGCCAGUCCAGCCUUAGCUCAAAGUACAUAGGGAGAGACAUAAAUGGGGCGUCUCAAAACCUUACAUUUUCUGUUGUUUCUAUUUCUCUAGAAGUAGGAGAGGGAAAUACAUAUACAGUGGAUUAAUGAAGUUUGUAGGAAGUUUCUGUUUUAUUACUGUGGAAAAAUAUUUAAGAUAGUUCUGCUGAAAUGUUUUGUACAGUCCUAUGCUAAUUUUAAAAUUUUAUCUAUCAUUCAGCAAAAACAACUUUGUACGUGUGUGUGUGUGUGCAUGUGUGUGAGAGAGAGCGAGAGAGACUACUUUCAAGUGAAUUUAAAUCCUCUUCAUAAACUUUGCCUUUUUGUUUUUCUAAAGAAAAAAACACAUUUUAUAUUGGAAGUGUUAAUUUAGCUAUGAGCCUCUAUUUUUUAAAUCAAAUUGUGUUUGAGCUCUUUGUAAGAAUAGCCACAUGUACAUUUCUAGAAUGGCCUCAAGAUGGCCUCCUUGUUCUAUUCAUAUAUAUGUUGUAGUUUACUAUUUUACUUCUAGAGACAGCAUGUAAAAGUGGCGUGCAUUUGUGCAUGCCUACUACAAGAAAUUUAACUAAAUUAACAUUUGGAAAUCUUACACUCCAGAUAUCAGCAUUUAGCCCAAUUAUCUUUUUAAACAUAUUUAAUCUAAUUUAAAAAUUUCAUGUGAAACUUCUUGUAGUCUUCAUAUGCAGUUUACUACUUUGCAAUAUGGAUUAUUCUCUGUAUUUUGCAAUAUGGAUUAUUCUUUGAAAUUCAUUGCUUGAUAUUUUUGACCAAAAAUUAUGUUUGUUACAAUUGAACUUAAAUAAAUAUAUUUAAAAUAAACAAA